AUGGGGAUUCAUAAAUUUGAGGAGCCACAAACAGAACCGUUAGAUUUGUCAAUGACAAGAAUGAUUGAGAGACGAAUUGGACCAUCAGAUCUAUCAGCGCCAGAGAUAAGUGGGGGACAAGUAGAACUCAGCGAAAUUGAUCAGAAUGACGCAAGACCGUUGAACCUAUCAGUUCAAGAAGUGAGUAAGGAACAAACAAAUACAGGGAUUGAACCUAAGACAUUGUCCCUUCAAAAGGAAACCUUAAGGCUGGAAAAACAUACGACUAACACACCUAAGAAGUCGUUUAAAUGCAAAACAUGCGGAAAGGGUUUUGCUAAGCCAUCGGAUAUGAAGAAACAUGUGAGAAUUCACACUGGUGAUCAGCCGUACAAAUGCGAAACAUGCGGGAAGGGUUUUGCUCAGUCAUCGAAUAUGUAUACACAUGUGAGGACUCACACAGGUGAUAGGCCGCAUGAAUGCGAAACAUGCGGGAAGAAUUUUACUCGGUCAUCGGAUCGGAAUCGACAUAUGAGGAUUCACAGACGUCGUUAAUUUUAAGCUAUUUUGGUCAAUAAAUGAUAAGG